GGGAGAAAAAAAAAAAAAAAAAAAAAAGCAAAUUGCCCGAAAAAGCACAAUUGGAUGUAUUACCUGGAUCCCUUCACGUAUCUUGUCGGUGGACUCCUCGGUGAAGUCCUCUGGGAUGUCUAGGUCCAAUGUGAACCCUCGGAGUUUGCUGCGCCCGUGGGUCAAACCUGCGGCUCUGAAAUGGCAGAUUUUAUCACUGCGCGGACGAGCUAUCUGGUUAAUAGCUCGGCUACGAACUGCGAGUUUUGUCAAUACUCUACGGGCGCAGAUUACGCCAAAACAUUCAACUUGAUGGAGAAAUAUUAUGCUUGGGGAGACACUGGCAUUACGCCCUUGUUUUGCAUUAGCUCUUACGCGAUGGUUGGGGUAAUGAUGAAGAUGCGCAGUAAGGCUACUAAGAAUGCGAAGAAUGAUUGAUUCUUCAGCCUAGAAGCAGGAAAGAAGAACAGGUGAACAGGUCAAAAUGCGAACCUGGCUGUGAUGUUAUUUUUACUAGGUUAGGAGUAAAUAGGGAUAGAACUUGUUAAGACUCACCGAUAUGUAUAUUUUGAUUAUCAACCUGCUAUAUUAC